AUGCUUGGUCGCGUGCUCGGUCGCUUGGAUUGGUGUUUGUGUGUGUAGUUGUCGCAUGUAUCAAACAAAUCAUAUUUAAGCUCGUGGCCAACUUCAUGCCUGUUCGUUGCAUUGUCAAUUUUUCUCUCUCAACAUUGUGUGACUCAGUUCUCCAGUCAAACAAUAGUUUUGUUGUUGUCUACCGCUUCAGUAAGUAAGGUUUUGUGUGCAACGCUUUUCAUUCAACGUGAAAAACAACGAAAAAUUAUCGAGUCUUGUGAAAACAUAUUAAAGUCAAAAUGGAGCAGAUAAUUCAACAGCAAAUUGCAAAUGCUGCCGCUAAUAUUGAGUCACAGUUGGAUGAUCAGAUCAAUGCAAUGGAUUCAAUGACCUCCGACGAAUUGAAGACACUGAGAAAUCAACGCAUCAACGAAAUGAAGAACGAGGCCAAGAAAAAGCAAGAAUGGUUGAACAACGGCCACGGUGAAUAUGACGAAUUGUCGGGUGAAAAGGAAUUCUUUGAAGUUUCGAAAAAAUCUGCCAAUAUUAUUGCUCAUUUCUAUCGUGAUGCAACUGAACGGUGUAAAAUUGUUGAUCAUCAUCUGAAAAUCUUGGCUAAGAAGCAUAUUGAAGCGAAAUUCUGCAAAGUCAACGCGGAAAAUAGCCCAUUUUUAACGCAACGGCUACGCAUUAAAGUCAUUCCAACGAUUGCUAUUAUCAAAGACAGCAAAACAAAAGACUACAUCGUCGGUUUCACCGAUCUCGGCAACCGUGACGAUUUUAGCACUGAAAUGAUGGAAUGGAGAAUAGCUCAAUCCGGUGCCAUUGACUACAAUGGUGAUUUGCUAACACCACCAGAUCAAGCGCGCAAAGAGAAGAACUUGCUGAGACAACAAAAGAAGAAAAUUCGUGGCAGAGACAACGAUUCCGAUGACUCUGACAUCGAAUUCAGUGAUUAAUACCAAAUCACGCUCAUUUGCAUUUAUUUAAAGAGAAAAAUCAGAACAAAACGCAAUCCAAUUCCAACACCGAAAAGUAUUUUUCCAAAUUCCCUCGAAAUACUCGCUAUGCUUCAUACGAUUCAUCUCUAAUCAAGCAUACACUUGGAAAGGAAAACGGUGUUUUCCAUUUCGUCAUGUGUUUUAGUCUUUAAUAAUGUUUUUUUUUUCUUUGAAUUUUCAAGUUGUCGACGUUUGCUUUGUUUGUGAAUCCGAUUUCAUGUCCAGAUGUCGUCUGCUUCAUUCUUUUAUUUUAAAAACGUGCAUACACUGUUUCCGAUACAUGGAAUGUAUUCACUAGAUAGCUUAAUUGCGAUUUGGAGAAAAAAAAAUGGUUUUUCAAAAGAACAAAAUUGCUUUUAUUCUUCACGCAAACAAUAUUACACUUUUAUCAACAUUUAACUUAGUCUUAAGAUACACACACACAAACACAACUCGAAUGUUUUCAGAAUCAAAUAAAAAAAACUAACGAAAUAUUCUAAAGAAAA